GUUGGCGGUCCAGAAGGAAAGGUAAAGAAAAUUUUACAUGGCCGUCUGGGUUUAACCAGAUUGGUAAAGAAUAAUUUGCUUCUUUAAAACGAUACAAGAUGGUCUUCUUCAGCAGAGUGUCUUCUCCAAAGCUAUGCGGAAGUGUUGUCAUCAUAGCAAGGAAACAACAACAAUGUGUGAUUACAGUAGGACAGCGUUCUAUCUCUGGAAAAGUAAUGCGCCAAGGAUUGCCCCCUGUUAAAAAACCAGCUCCAUUCCCAUACAAGGAAAAGAGAUACAACUUUUUACGAGCUUUGCUUGAUCCCACCACCAGCCGAUUAGAUGAGAAUUCAAAGUUGAUUGUUGUUGAAGGGCCACCUGCUGCUGGGAAAAGGGCUCUAGCCAAAGAGUUGGCUGAAGAAUUGGACAUGGCAUACUUUCCAUCGCCAAAUGUAGCAGAUUGCUACAUUAAUAAAUAUGGUUAUGAUCUAAGGCAAGUAGAUCACAAACUGCCAGAAUCUUGUAAGAGUUAUGAUGAGAACGAUUUCUUGAAAGACCCUAUGCGGGGAAAUGGUUCCAAAGCUGCGCGUUUCCAACUAACAAAGCUUUCCCUCCGUUAUAAACUUCAUUUGGAGGCUUUGGCUCACAUUCUGAAUACAGGACAAGGAGUCGUCAUGGAUCGUUCUCCGUUCAGUGACCUUGCUUACAUGACUGCCAUGACGGAAACUGGUGUAAUCAGCAAAAAUGUUUACAACUUCUACCACCAAGUGAGAAACAAUGCACUGUUUGCACUGUGGCGACCUCAUUUGGUCAUCUAUCUGGACGUUCCUGUUGAUGAAACACGUCGACGAAUUGAGGCCAGGAACUUACCCAACGAAAAGGACUCGAUGCUUACCACUCCGGCUUACCUCCAAGCCCUAGUAGAUUCUUACAAGAAAGACUAUUUGAAGGAUAUCAGUACCCAUGCCGAAGUUCUAGUUUACGAUUGGUCGAAAGUGGCAGAUCCCGAAAUCGUCGUCGAGGACAUUGAACGCAUAGAUUUCGAUCAGUACACCGUCUAUGAUGAGAAGAUGAAGGACUGGAGGCGCAUCAACGAGUGGGAUUGGAACAACAGUCGUCAAGAGUUUACCCACUCUCAACAUUACUUGAUGGCUCAUCUAAACGUGCCACCGAUCCAAUGCAACGAAAUCCUUAUCGGCGCAGGUGAUAACAAAGUGCGCGCGGCUGUAAUGGAUGAGACUCCGGGCAGCAAGUUCGCCAAAGGAUUUAAUCCAGAAAUGGGAGACAAGGGAAUUUUAUUCAAAUUGUCUUAAAUAUAGACCUUGUGACUCUACUUGUGUAGGAAUCACUUUUUGUCGAUAGUUGAAAUAUAUAAAUGAUGGAAUUAAAA